GAUGCAGAUCACGUAUUGACAACAACAUAGAGAUGGGAGUAAUUCCAACUGAGGAUUCUAUACAAGAAGUUCUUAUGAGUUGCGAUGCACUGCAAGAAAGCUAUAAUAAUCCUUUUGCAUACCUUUUGAAAAAGUUCUAUAAUGAUAAUCGUUUAAUUGUAGAUAACACUGGACAUCCUAUAACAUUAAAGCAUAUCCAUUAUCUGCUAAUAAAAGCGGCGUACUUCGAUGAUCAAAUCAAACGCAGUCGCCAAGAUGCUAUAGAUGAAGUUUCAAGAGAUCUUGUCGAUUGUUCACCAACAAAAUUCAGAAUUAAAUGUAAAAAAAACCAAUUAACAAAGAUGGAAGGAACUUCAGGGAAAGAAAAUGAUGGAUAUGUAAUGUCAACGGCAGCAAAAGAAUUGUUUGAUGAUUGGGUUAUAGAUCAAAGUCUCGAAGAAUAUGAUUAUAGAUUCCUUGAAGAUAUUAUGGAAACAUCAAAAGCUUCAAUAAAUAAUUUAGAGAAGGAACAAGAGGAAGAAUUCUUAAUGAAACUUCCAUAA